AUGGCUUCUUCUUCCUCUGCAACUACCCAAUAUGAGUACCCUACUUGCUUGUGUGGGAAUCCAGCCCCCCUUCGAAGGUCAAAGACCAUUGCUAAUCCAGGAAGACGAUUCUUAGGGUGCACCAAUUACGAGAUAAAAGAGAAAAGAUGCAAAUAUUUCUAUUGGGUUGAUCCACCAACAAGGGAGAACGAAUUGGAAGCAAAGAAUGCUGAGCUAGAGCACCGACUAGAAGACAUGGAAAAAAAGAACCAACAACUAAGCAAAGAGAACAAGAAGCUGAAGAAGAAAUUGAUGGCAGUGGAGGCCAAAAUGAACUCCUACAAAGUGUACUGA